CACUGCCAUCACUACCUGCCACAAGUUUUUAACUAAAAGGUAAACAAAAUUGUUUAAUAAACAAUGAACCUCGAUCAGGUCUGCCGAAUAUGCGCUAACAAAAUCAGGGAUCAGAAGCGCGAGCGCAACGUUUUCAAGUACUUGCGCGGAAAGUUGCUGGUUCAACUAAAGCUGAUUACUGGAGUGGAGCUGUCAAAGAACCAGGGCCUACCGGAGUUCAUCUGCGAGCGCUGCUUUUCUGAGCUGGACUUGGCCACCAAAUUCCGCGAGCGCUGCAUCUUCUCGCAGAAGUAUCUGCUGGAUAUAAGGACGAAGACCCAGGAUCCCAGCAUAGUCUACAUAGAUGAAUGUCCCGAGCCACUGGACGAGCAGUUGAUCGAUGCGGAUCAGUUGGAAGAGCAGGACGACGAGGAGUUCUUGGUAUAUGAGGAACUGAAAGAGGAGGAAGAAGAUAUAGACGAAUUUCCCCCAGAAGACGAUCCCGAGGCUUCGGUUAUGGCGGCCGCAGAGGCGGCACACCAGGCGGAUAUCCAGGAGCAGCAACUAGAACGGGCGGCCAAACGUCGCAGAAACUUCUUCAUCUGCGACGAGUGUGGGCAGCUAUUCAACGACGAGUACGUCUAUAAUGAGCAUCUGGACGGGCACCAGGACCGCAGGGAGAUGAAACAGUUCUUUCCGUGCCCAGAGUGCCCGCAGAUCUUCAAAAAGAAGGCCCUUCUGAAGCAGCACCGUGCCCAGCUCCACUCGGGCCAUCGCCAGUUCCGAUGUUCCAUCUGUAACGAGGUGUUCUCAUCUCUGGGAGCCAAGCUGCGACACGAAAAGGCCCACCAGAACGAAAGACCUUAUCCAUGCUUGGAAUGUGGAAGAAUUUUCAGCAGCGUCUCCGCUUUGCAGGAUCACUGUUUGAAUCACAUGGAGGACAACCGGAAGUUCAGGUGUGAGCCCUGCAAUAUGGAUUUUAUAACUAGAAAUAAUCUGCUGGAACAUACGAAAACCGAACCGCACAAGCUAUUGGCUAAACAUAUGCAGGAUGAAAUUGAACUUAUCUUCGACAGUUAAUCGUUGUUUUAUUCCUAAGUUAUCACUUGUUUUUAUCAGUAGAUUCUAUGGUAUCAGACAAAGCUCAUAUGCGCAUUCUAUCCAAUAGUGAAACCGCUAUUAUGUUGAUUUAGUUUAUUAUUUUGAGAUAAGGUCAGAAAAUAAAGAAUUAAUAAAAUAUGUUCAUUUAAUCGAAAA